UCAGUAGAGGUUUGGUCAUGUCUGGACUGUUGGGUGUUCGACGGCUGCUGCUUUGGGGCUUGGUCUGCCUCUGGCUGCCCAGCCUGGUCCGGGGGGCUCUGUUUGUCUCUCAUCACUAUGAAGCUGCUCAGGAACCAGGAGCAGCUGUCAAAUCUCUGCAGAAAAGAAGUGUUAAUAAUCCCACGGUGGAGGUGCACAGUGUGACAGUGGACUGCACUGUGACAUCUCGUUUCGCUCAUACCGUUAUGACCUCCAAGGCUCUGAACAAGGCCAACAUUUCCCAGGAAAUUUUCUUUGAAGUAGAACUUCCCAAGACUGCCUACAUCACCAACUUCAGCAUGGAAAUUGAAAAUCAGGUUUAUGUGGGAGAGGUGAAGGAGAAAGAGAAAGCCAAGAAACAGUAUGAUGCAGCUGUUUCCAGAGGACAGACCGCUGGACUGGUUAAAGCUUCUGGAAGAAAGAUGGAGAAGUUUUCAGUUUCUGUAAACAUUGCAGCCCAAAGUAAUGUAACUUUCACUCUGACGUAUGAGGAACUCCUUCAGAGGAAACUGGGCCACUAUGAGAUUCAGACCCGUGUUAAACCCAAGCAGCUGGUUGAGGAGUUUAAGAUCGUGACAAACAUCUAUGAACCUCAGGGCAUUUCCUACGUAGACGCCCAUGCAACCUUCUUAUCCAAUGAGCUGCUCCCUCUGGUGGAGAAAACUGUUACAGAAAAAAAGGCACGCAUCUAUUUCUCACCAACUUUGGAGCAGCAGAGGAGCUGUGCAGGUUGUGAAGGAACUUUGAUUGAUGGAGACUUUAUUAUCAAAUAUGAUGUGAACAGAGCAAAGACCCUUGGGGACAUCCAGAUUGUCAAUGGGUACUUUGUGCAUUUCUUUGCUCCGCCUGACCUUCCCAGAGUCCCAAAAAAUGUGGUGUUUGUAAUUGACAGGAGUGGAUCAAUGAGUGGAACUAAGAUUUACCAGACCAAAGAGGCAAUGUUGGCCAUCCUCAAAGACCUGCAUGAGGAGGACUAUUUUGGAAUCAUCUUGUUUGAUUCCUCAAUUGAUCCCUGGAAGGAUUCGCUAAUCAAAGCAAACAAGGAGAAUGUGGAUGAAGCAAUGGCCUUUAUCAAACGGCUCCACGAUAGAGGAGCGACAAAUAUCAACGAUGCAGUAUUGAGAGCUGUUGACUUACUGCGCCAGGGUCGAUCAGACCACAUAGUUCCUGAAAUUAGUAUUGAUAUGAUCAUUUUACUGACCGAUGGCAUGCCAAAUGUGGGAGAGUCUAAUCUUCCAAGGAUCCAGGAAAACGUGCAUGCUGCUAUUGGUGGGAACAUGUCUCUGUUCUGUCUUGGAUUUGGAAAUGAUGUGGAUUACAGAUUCCUGGAUGUCAUGGGCAAACAAAACAAGGGACUGGCCCGCAGAAUCUUUGAGGCAUCAGAUGCAACUCUACAACUCCAGGGUUUUUAUGAGGAGGUUUCCAGCCCUCUGCUCUCAGAGGUCGACCUGCGGUAUCCUGACAAUGCAGUGGACUUCAUAACCACAAACCACUUCGACCAGUUGUUUAAUGGCUCAGAGAUUGUUGUGGCUGGUCGACUGACAGACAACGACUUGGACAACUUCCUGGUGGAAGUGUUUGCCCAGGGGUCUGAGGGGGACUUUCAGGUUCAGGGCCAGGCCAGUGCUAUACAAUGGGAUGUGAUCUACCCAGAGGAGGAGUACAUCUUUGGGGAUUUCACAGAGCGUCUGUGGGCAUACCUCACCAUCCAGCAGCUAUUGGAGAAGAGCAAGACUGGUAGCGAAGAUGAGAAAGGCAAUGCCACAGCCAAGGCCCUGGACAUGUCCCUGCUGUAUAACUUCGUCACCCCUCUCACCUCUAUGGUUGUGACCAAACCUGAGACUGAGAAUGGAACAGACAGUCCUCUAGUCGCUGAUAAACUGACUGAAGAGCAGAGACAACAGGCAGAGAAAAUGGUACACCGUUACCAAUACUCACGGCCUUUAUACAACACACCCACGUUCCUUGUGGAUGGAGAUCCUCAUUUCUUGAUUGAGCUGCCAGACAGAGAUGAUGCUCUGUGCUUCAACAUCAAUGACAAACCAGGAACCAUUUUUAAUCUGGUCAAAGAUUCAACUCCUGGUAUUUUGGUGAAUGGCCAGAUUAUUGGAGACAAGAAGAUUCCCCCCGAUGGUAAAAUUAACACCUACUUCUGGCGCUUUGGCAUCAUCCAUCGGACCCUGGGGGUGAGGCUGGAGGUGACCACUCGGGACAUCUCAAUAUUCCAGGAUGGCCACAGGGUCAAGCUGCUGUGGUCUGAUACAGCUUCCCUCAAAGGACCAAAUGUGGAUUUCCUCGUAACUAAAGGUCACAGCCUACUGGUGACUCUAAGAGAUUCUGUCAAGUUUCUGAUCUUACUUCAUAAAGUGUGGGAGAAGCACCCGUACCACAGAGACUACCUGGGUUUCUACACCUUGGACAGCCACCUUAUGACCCCUAACGUUCACGGUCUAUUAGGUCAGUUCUACCAUGGAAUUGAAUAUGAAGUCACAGAUCUGCGUCCAGGAGAAGUCCCAGAGAAACCAGAUGCCACCAUGUAUGUGAAAGGCCAGGAGCUCAAUGUGACCAGAGGCUGGCAACGUGACUUCAGGAGAGACGAGAAGAAUGGAGAAAACAUUCCCUGCUGGUUCAUUCACACUAACGGCACAGGCCUCAUCGAUGGAGAUGCAACUGAUUACAUUGUGUCAGGCCUUUUCAAAACUGUGUAAUUAAAGACAAAGGAAGAUGCAGACAAUAAGAUAUCAUCAGACUCACACUGAUAAAGUAAAUCAGCUAAAAUCUGUUUAGGAAUUCUGUACAGACUCUGAAUAGUCCAGUGUCAUACAGUUCAUGAUGAUAGGUGGGCUUAUGUCAUAACAUUGUACGGACUGAACAAUUAAUGAAAACGUUAUAUAAAUCACAAUAUGGUCAACUGCAAUGUCCAUACUGCAGGAACUGUCACUGUUAAUAAAUAAACUGUACAACCAUAAAA